AUGACUCGUCUCUAUAAUCUCAUCGUGUUUCUUCUCCCUUCUGUUCUUGCUGGCUCUGUGCCCAAGACUUGCAAGGCGUACCCUGGGUCUUCAGACUGGCCUUCUCACAGAGCUUGGUCUCGUCUGAAUGAUACUUUAGACGGAAGACUCUUUGCGCCUGUUCCUCCUGGGGCUGUUUGCCAUAAGGGCUGGCCGUCUUAUGACAAAGAUACUUGCCCUAAGAUCGCUGAGGCCUGGAAGCAUUAUGAUCUUCAUACGCAGGAUCCUGUCUCGCUUAUUUAUGAUCAGUAUUCGAACUGGACGUGUCUUCCGGACCAGAGUUAUCCAUGUAGCGGAAGUGGAUAUCCUGCUUAUGUUGUUAAUGUUACUAAGGCGGAGGAUAUUAAGAUUGGAGUCGACUUUGCGCGGAAGAACAACAUCAGACUCGUCGUCAAGAACACAGGUCAUGACUACAUGGGUCGCUCCAUUGCCCCCGGUUCGCUUUCCCUCUGGACGCACCAUCUCAAAGACAUGACCUACCAUGAAGGCUCCUUCAAGCUAUACAAGUCCAAGACUGUCAUCACCGGCGACGCUGUCACUGCCGGCGCAGGAACCCAGAUGUAUGAUCUCUACACCAUGCUGGAUAAUUAUGGCCGCGUAGUUGUUGGCGGGGGCGGAAAGACUGUCGGCCUCGGAGGCUAUGUCACCGGCGGCGGUCAUUCUCUACUAUCAACUAAGCAUGGCCUUGCAGUGGACCAAGUCCUCCAGAUGACGAUGGUUACACCAUCUGGAAAGAUCCUGACCAUCAAUGAAGAUAACUAUCCCGAUCUCUUCUGGGCAAUGCGAGGAGGCGGCGGUUCAACUUUCGGCGUCCUCACAUCCAUCACCAUGAAAGUCUACAAAACCCCCAAAAUCACCGCAUCCGCCUUCACAGUCGGAACGUCCGCAGCCGCACCCUUCAAAUACGAUCUCCUCACCUACAUCCUCUCCCAGUUCCCCUCUUUAUCCGACGCCGGUCUUUCAGGCUAUACAAACCUCAGCCCCCAAACACCCAACCCCGCCGGCGGGCCCGACGAAGUAGCCGGGAUCCAAGGUGUCUUUGCGGCACAGGACGUCAACGACCCAGAGUACAUUCUCAAGUUGUUCAAGCCGAUUAAUGAUACUAUCCAGAAGCGGUGGCCGGGGGCUGUACAGUUUAGUGCUACGAAGGAAGAGUAUGGCUCGUUUUUGGAGUGGUACGAUGUUUACUUUGAUCAGGGUGCUGCGGGGGUGACGCUGUAUCUUGCUUCGAGAUUGUUGGGUAAGGAGGCACUAGGUGAUGGGAAGGAGUUUAGGGGGGCGUUGGAGGAGAGUUUGGAUGCUGCUGGGGGGUUGACAGUUCAUUUGAUAGCUGGGAAGGGUGUGAGGGAUGCGAAGCCCAGAGGAGGGAGUGCAGCUGUCAACCCGGGAUGGAGGAAGAGUUAUGUUCACGCGAUUUCUGGAGAGGCCUUUGAGCCUUUCAACAAGACUUCUAAAGCUGAGGCCGUCAAGACGCUGAAUAGAUCCAUGGAGCCAUUCCGCAAACUAUCUCCCAACACAGGUGCUUAUAUCAAUGAGGCUCUGCCUUUCGAGCCAGACUGGCAGCAUGCCUUUUGGGGCAAGAACUACGAGAGACUUCUAUCGAUCAAGAGAAAUGUUGAUCCUGACGACGUUCUAUGGUUUCUGAAGUACCUUGACGAUGCUGAUGAAUGCCAAGACUCGAUAAACGUCAAGCGCUCGGCCUAUUGGUGCUACUGCGGACCUCUCCUCGACCCUCCAGGGCCAUCAUUACCCGUUAAUUUCUACGACUUUGAGGCCCAAGUCUUUACAGACUCUAUUCGCUCCAAGCUCAUUCCUUUUCUCGGCUAUAUCAACAAUCUUCUUGUCGACAAGGGGUUCAAAGAUUACUUUCUUACAAUACGCGCUACGACACCUACUCAUGAGUUUGACCAACCAAGAUGGCACACAGAUGAACUCUUCUUCACCACAGACGUACUCCCCGGAACACGACUAGGUCUUAAAUCACAGCACCAAAAACAUCAUAAAAACACUGGAACGGACUGGAAGAUCUGCACUACCCUUUUCGGCCCCUCAACGCUCUUCAUACCCGCAUCACAUCAACCUUCAGCGCGCAAAGCACAAGAAGCGGCUCGUGGCUCAGCGAGCACAGAGCAUGAGUGUGUGUCAAUUCGCUGUGUUGGCUGUGCAGCUGCAGCAGAUGCUGUGCGCGAUGAACUAGCAACAGUACUUGAACCUUUUGGCGCAGAGACAGCAGGAAUAGGUGAAUGCACGGUGUUCAGAGUUGGCAGGGAGUAUGGAGCAGUACACUCAGAGCCUUGUAUGAGUGAGGGAGAUAGUGGAAGGGUUUUUAUUAAUGUUGUGCCAGGGACGGAGGAUGAGUUGAAAGUGUUGAUGCGAAAAUGGGGCAUGCAGUUCCCCAGACAGUGGUGGGUUGGAGGAAGAUGA